UAGAAGACAUUUUGAACCAGGUCCAACUUUCGAUUGAUACUGUUAUCCUGAAUUUAUUCAAACAAGCCAUGUCUGUCGUCAAGGAAAACUGGCAAUCGGCAAAGCCUUUCAUAAGAGAAAGGAGUAAGUUCAUUUUCAACAACGAUUUGUUCAGCGAUGUAAAGUUUGUUGUCCGAGCGAGGGAUGAAAAAAGUGAAAGUAAAAAAGUGAUUCCCGCACACAAGUUAGUAUUGUCGAUCAGCAGUCCUGUGUUUGAAGCCAUGUUAUAUGGUGACUUGGCGGAGACUAAAGACUCUAUUGAACUGCCUGACUGUGAGUACGAGAGUCUAUUGGAGUUGUUUCGUUACAUGUACAGCGAUGAAGUGAACUUAAGUGGGAGUAAUGUGAUGGGAGUGUUGUAUCUGGCGAAGAAAUACAUUGUGCCUUCACUAGCUGAGAACUGCUCGAAAUAUCUGUCGAAGAAUUUGGAUCCAUCAAAUGUUUUCAGUAUCCUUCCUUCUGCUCAGAAAUACGAAGAGAAAGACCUGGUGGAUCGAUGCUGGGAAAUGAUAGACAAACACACAGAGGAAGCUGUGGAAUCUGAUGAAUUUGCGACAAUUCAAAGGUCCUUACUUAACGCAGUAGUCAUAAGAGACACCCUAAGGGUCGAGGAAAUAGAAUUGUUUAAAGCUGUUGACGUGUGGGCCACAAAGGAAUGUGAGAGACAGGGUUUAGAGCCAGGUGGUGCAAAUAAAAGAAGAAUUCUUGGUGAAGAAACAGUUAAAGCAAUACGCUUCCCAAUAAUGAUACUUGAAGAUUUUGCUGGUGUAGUAUUGGAUAGUAAAAUUCUUAACUUAGGUGAAGUUUCCAGCAUUGUAAAAUAUCUGAGUUCAGUGACAACUUCUGCAGGAGGAUUCUUAGAUUCAGAAAGGUCACCUGUUUCCUGUGCCUGUAGUGAGGUGCAACGUUGUCUUAGAUUUAGGAGCUUCAGAAACCUUGAUGAUUGUAAAACAAAUUCCCUUUCUGUCCUUGAAUUUUCGGUGAACAAGCGUGUAAUGUUACAUGGGGUAUAUAUCCGUGGUCAGGCAGACAUCUUAAGCUGUGCAAUAGAGCUAACUGUUAGCACUAGCGAUAGAAAAUCCAAAAAAGUGUCUGGAGAGUUUUCCGUUGAGAAUGUCACGGACCAUGAUGCAUUUCCCUAUUGGGGUUAUAAAAUUUUGUUAACAGAAUCGCUGCUUUUGAGGAAAAACACGCUGUACCGCAUGGAAGCCAAAAUAUCUGGUACUAUUAGUUGGUGUGGAAAUACAAUUAUUAAUCCUGUGACUUGUUCUGGUGUAACAUUCACAUUUAAAGAGACACCUGUAGAGGGCUUUCCUGAAUUAUUAUUCUCUUCUAUAAUUUAGGAAAAUAAUGUAAUUUAGAAUCUUUGAGUGAUUUAUUCACUUGUUUUGCCUGGGAAAAAAGUAGACUCCAACCUCAAUUUGAAAAAAGAUAAUCAUUUUGAUAGUUAGUGCUAACAUCAUCUUGGAAGGAUGAAGAGAAAUUUCCAGAAUGAAGACUUGACAAACCCUAUUUUUCCUAUUGGUUUGGUACAGGUAAUUUAAAAUCAUAACCCCCUUUUAAUAUUUUCAAACAUUAUUGACUUUUCCUAUAAAUUUCUUUGUGUUUAUUUUUAAGUACCUUUCACAGACAUAUUUUAGAUUCCCAUUUUUUGUGGUUGAACAACUGUUAAUAGUGAGGCUCUCACAUGCGCUUUGCGCAUGUGGGGCAGAACCCCAUACCCAUGGAAUAUGGUCAACCUCUUUUCGUUUGGUUGUCACGUGACUGAUUGAGCAUACAUACA